UGUGUUGAUAGGCCGUUUUGUUUGAUUGACAUUUCGAAGGGACGACCAUAUAUGGUCUAUCUAUAGAUAGUUGAUUUUGACUUGCUCAUAAUUAUGGCAAAACACGACACAUUUUGUUGGUAUUGUUCGAAGGCGAAUGGCAGUAUCUCGUUGUGUUCAAAGUGUGUACGAUCGUUCCAUUGGAAAUGCUUGAAAAAUGGAUAUGGAAAAUCAGGCCGUGCCGGCGGUGAAAAUUGGCUAUGUCCAAUUUGUGUUAAAAUACAAACAUCGAAAUAUACCGACGAGCAAAAGAAGCUGGACGCAUUGCCAAUUCUUAUCAAUCGGGUGAUGAAGGAAAAAGAGUUCGAGUCAUUUAAAGAUGCAAAGAACUAUCUGAAGUCAAGUGUUGUCGAGCCAAUGGAUUUGACCAGAAUAAAGGAAAGAAUUCAUACUUACAGUAGCUUCGCUGAAUUUACCACUGAUCUAGAGUGGAUCAGUCACAAUUCUUUGACACAAUGUCAGGAAUUUGAUGAACAAAUUGAAACGGCCGAUGCCCUUGUCGACUAUAUCGAAGAAGAGAUCGAAAGUUUAAAGAAGUGUACCGACUGUUACCGUCAUGCAAACGAAAGUCCGGACGAGUGGUUCACAAUGAUUUGUAGCAUGCCGCACAUUGUACUUUGGGCAAAGGUCGAGGGGUUCAAUUACUGGCCCGUAAAAUUUAUGACGGUCAAUGAGAGCGGAGUUAACGUCCGAUUUUUCGGUGAUCACACUCAUCAAGAUGUGGCAAUAUCCAAAUGCUAUUUAUACUCGAAAGAUAACCCGGGAAAACCACCGCAGAAUCUUUCGACGAAGAAGAACCAGCUGUAUAAAAAGGCUUUGGAAGAAUGCAAUCAGUAUAUUGAAAAUCUUCGACAAAAAUUUGGCGCAUAUCGUCUAGCGACAGAGAAAACCCCAUGCGAUCCUUUGUCUUUUAAACGCUACAUGACGGAGGCAAUGCCGGGCUUUAAAAUUUCACUUGAAUUACUACCACCAAUUGAUUUAUCACAACAAAAUGAUGACGGUUCAAUUAAUGAGGUCACUUUCAUUCUGAAUGGCGAUCAAAUCGAUGAUUCCAUUCGAAAUGAUGUAGAUUCGAACAAUCAAGUCGACUUAGACCUGAUUGAGCCAGCAAAGUUAAGCAUGGACGAUGAUAUGAUGGUUGAUUUGUCAGCGUCUGAUGACAAUAGGCCCAAAAAGGCUCGAUACUCGGUAGAAAAAUCGGAAGACCCCGAAAUGUUGAACCUUUCCAAGGUGAAAAGUUGCAUGACCCAAUCAGCACGUGCAUCCGAAUAUCUAAUCACUGCUUAUGCACAAUUACAAGAAAAAUUAAAAGAUAUGCAAGCCAAACACGAUGCUGAAAUCAACGUUCUAAACAAUGAUAAUAAAGAGUUGAUGAGCAAAAUUGCAACACUUAGCGAUGGGAAUCAGAAACAUACGUCCAAAAUUGCGGAAUUGGAAAAGACCGUCGAAAGAUACGAUGAAGGAAAGGCGAAUGCUAUUGAUGAGGUCAAAAAACAGUGCAAGGAUGAAUACACACAACUUCUUGAACAGGCCAAAAAAAUGAAGUUCUGCGGCGGCUGCGGUGCUGGAAAACUACAGGACCAAAUCUACAUUUGCAAUUCGGCAUGCAAUAAACGGUAUUGUGAAAAGUUCAAGCGGUAAACUUGAAUUGGCUGCUCAUAAACAUAGCUCGAAUAAUGGCGGCAGUUAUCAACAAAUUGAACCAUAAAUAAUAAACUUUAGAAUUUAAGAAAAAUAUUCCGAAAAUUACGUAAUUUUAAGAUUUUAUUUAGAACAAAAAUAUUGUACUCACAACAUUUAUCGGACAUUGUAGUGUGCCAACAACCUAGUUGCUGCCAUUGAUAUUUGCUAUUUGGUUGAUUUUGCAAUCAGCGGUGAAUGAGUCUGAAUUGUUCUCUUAAGGGACUAAUUGUUCUCUCACUAUUCAUCUUCAAAGUUCUUUUUCAUUGUCAUACAAAAUCAAUGGGGAGACUUUACCACAUACUCGUUCACCGUCUGAUGGAAAAUAGCAAUUACACAGUAAGAAAAUAUCAGCCAACGCUAUACGUAAAACCGACUGGUACGUGCGCUCAUACGUUUUUACAUCUUUUACAUCUA